AUGACCAUCCAACACGAGAUCCGACAAACGGUGAGUCCGCUAGACUUCGUCCCACCCCUCAACUACGUCCGUCUCGUGUUCCCCCUCCCACUUAAAUCCAACGUCGAUGACAAAAUCGUCUUCAACGAUCUCCACCACGCACUCCACAAAACCUUCGUCCAAGAACCAUGGGUGAGCGGCAAAGCCUUUCGACAAUCGCCCAACACACCAGGAUGGCGGCCUGGUCAGAUCGAAAUGCGCUAUCGGCAAUACUCACUACACGAUCCACUCCCGUACCAGCUUCGGUAUCUCAAGCUUGAAACGGACUGGACAUACGACGACUUCAAAGCUGCCGGGUUCCCGAGUGGUGUUUUUCCGGAAGAACUUCUGCUGCUGGACGCACCCAGGUUGGGCGACGUCGACGUUGCAGGUGCCGAUAUCUUUCUGGCACAGGCCAACUUCCUCUCUGGCGGAGUUCUGUUGGCAUUGACGGUGUCGCACUCCACGAUGGAUGCAGGCGCCAUGAUUGGGCUGAUGAAGCUCUGGGCGGAGAACUUUCGCGAACUGCGAGGUCGCGAUGAGGGAGGCCGCGUCGCUCCGACACCGUACACGUCUAUUGACCGUGACCAUAACCAGCCGGAUCGGAUCUGGGAGAAGGAAACUGCUCAGCGGAUACUGAAGAACAGCCCCGAUGACCCGUGGUUACGUGCCUUGGUCUGUCUGGACUUGGGCCAAGACAACGAUGGCCCUACGGGUUGUGAGGAGGGCCAGAAAGCAGCCAUUGAAGAAGAGACGCAGACCAACGAGCGCGUGAUGUUGAACAGGGUCGUGUUCCUCUCCGGGCCAGAUCUUGCGGCUCUGCAGAAAGAGUGCGCUGCAGAGUCCGUGCUCCCCGGCACGCCUCCGCUCUCAAUUAGCGAUGCAAUCCAAGCGCUGCUGUGGCGGGUUCUGAUGAAAGCCCGGGUAUCAGCCGCGGAAGCCCGAUCGAAGCCUCUCCGUGACGAUAUCUCUGUGUUUGAAACCCCGGUCGAUGUGCGCAGCACGUUCGGACAGGGGUUCCCGCCUGCAUACCUUGGCAAUUGCUUUCUCAUGAACACGGCGCGAAUGCCGCUAAGCGAGCUUCUGGAUCCCUCGACUUCACUCGGUCGCAUUGCGCAGGCUAUUCGUCAGGGUGCCGCCCGGUUGGAUGGUGACGCUGUACAGGAUGCAUAUGGCCUGUUGCGGGCGACAGGAGACCUUUCGCGGGUACAGGGACGGUUCGUGGAGAGGCCGGACUCGUCUGACGUGUUGGUUUCCAAUAUUAUCUUUCUGCCUUUGGAGGAGAUUAAUUUCGGGGAUCAAUAUUUCAGCAAUGGGGGUACACCGCAGGCACUCCGGGUUCUGCAUGGACAAUACGCUGCGCGAGUUCGACUGGCUCACGUUCUUCCUCGCAAUAAGAAACACGGCGGUAUUGAAGUGAGCGUGAACCUGUUCGAGGACGAGUUUGAGUAUCUCGACAGGGAUGGGCAGUUCAAUCGGUACCUUGUGUCGAUAGAACCCUGCAGGCUGGCUAGGGCGGAUUGCGUUUAA